AUGUUGCCCAGAAUUUUAGCAAGUCAAGUCCUAAGACAAUCUUCAAGAACACUAUUACGGUCUUCUAGAUCGCCACUGCUGCGGAAGGCUUCUUCUCAGUUUUUCAACGGUUUUGCCAGAUGGAAUUCUAGCCAACCUCUCAAAGUCGAUAAACCGCAACUAAUGAUUGCCUUCACUUGCAAGAAAUGUGACACAAGGUCCAGUCAUACGUUCUCUAAACAAGCAUAUACCAACGGAACCGUGUUAAUCCAAUGUCCUGGAUGCAAAAACAGACAUUUGAUCGCUGACCAUCUCAAGAUCUUCAGUGACGAACGUGUCAAUAUCCAGGAUUUGUUAGCUGCCCAAAAUGAGUCAGUAUCGUCUUCCGUAGACGAUCUUGUUUUUGAGGACAUUCCAGAAAAGCUGAAGAAGGUAAUUGGGCACCAUGCAAAGGACGCUCCAGAGGAAUACAAGCAGAAAAGACAGGUAGAAGGAGGAGCAUUGCCAGAUGGAAGUGACACCGAUAAAUAA